GCGAGGAUGGCGGCGGAGAACGAGGCGAGUCAGGAGAGCGCCCUGGGCGCCUACUCGCCGGUGGACUACAUGAGCAUCACCAGCUUCCCGAGGCUGCCGGAGGACGAGCCGGCGCCCGCGGCCCCUCUGAGGGGCCGCAAGGACGAGGACGCCUUCCUGGGAGACCCCGAUACCGACCCGGACUCCUUCCUGAAGUCAGCGAGGCUGCAGCGGCUGCCAUCCACGUCGUCGGAGAUGGGCAGCCAGGACGGGUCCCCACUGCGGGAGACGCGCAAGGACCCUUUCUCCGCGGCAGCGGCCGAGUGCUCCUGCCGCCAGGAUGGACUUACAGUCAUUGUCACAGCCUGCCUCACUUUUGCCACGGGUGUCACCGUGGCGCUGGUCAUGCAGAUUUACUUCGGAGACCCUCAGAUCUUUCACCAGGGUGCCGUGGUGACUGAUGCCGCCCAUUGCACAUCGCUGGGCAUCGAGGUGCUCAGUAAACAGGGAUCUUCUGUGGAUGCCGCUGUGGCAGCAGCCUUGUGUUUGGGGAUUGUGGCUCCGCACAGUUCUGGCCUAGGCGGUGGGGGCGUGAUGCUGGUCCACGACAUCAGAAGAAAUGAGAGCCACCUAAUUGAUUUCCGGGAGUCUGCACCAGGGGCCCUCAGGGAAGAGGCCCUGCAGAGAUCCUGGGAAACCAAGCCUGGGCUCUUGGUGGGGGUCCCCGGAAUGGUGAAGGGGCUACAUGAAGCUCACCAGCUCUAUGGCAGGCUGCCAUGGUCCCAAGUCCUGGCUUUCGCAGCAGCUGUGGCCCAAGAUGGCUUCAACGUGACCCAUGAUCUAGCCCGUGCCCUGGCCGAACAGCCUCCACCCAAUGCAUCUGAGCGUUUCCGUGAGACAUUCCUGCCAUUGGGCCACCCGCCACUACCGGGCUCACUGCUGCGUCGGCCUGACCUGGCCGCAGUACUGGAUGUACUGGGCACCUCCGGCCCCGCCGCCUUCUACGCAGGAGGCAAUCUCACACUGGAGAUGGUGGCCGAGGCCCAGCACGCAGGGGGUGUCAUAACUGAGGACGACUUCAGCAACUACAGUGCCCUCGUGGAGAAUCCCGUGUGUGGCGUGUACAGAGGCCACCUGGUUCUCAGUCCCCCACCCCCGCAUACGGGUCCUGCCCUCAUCAGUGCUCUCAACAUCCUUGAAGGCUUCAAUCUCACCACGCUGGUGUCCCGGGAACAGGCUCUUCACUGGGUGGCAGAGGCAAGGCCGACCCCUCCACCCUGCCCUGGGUCUUGGUAUACUGGGAGUGGGGGGAUGGGCUACUGCCAUGGGACAGGACUAACCUCCAAGUUUUCUCACAUGAGGAUCAUUAGUGUGGGUGCUGGGAGGAGCCUGGCAGCCUCUUCCACACUCCUGUUACAUUUUCAGACCCUGAAGAUCGCUUUAGCCUUGGCCAGCAGACUGGGAGAUCCUGUCUACGAUUCUACCAUCACUGAGAGCAUGGAUGACAUGCUCAGCAAGGUAGAAGCCGCCUACCUCCGGGGCCACAUCAAUGACUCCCAGGCGGCCCCUGCCCCACUUCUGCCCGUCUACGAGUUGGAUGGGGCUCCCACAGCUGCUCAGGUGCUGAUCAUGGGCCCUGAUGACUUCAUUGUGGCCAUGGUCAGCUCCCUGAACCGCCCUUUUGGCAGUGGCCUCAUCACCCCCUCGGGGAUCCUGCUCAACAGCCAGAUGCUAGACUUCUCGUGGCCCAACAGGACUGCUAACCACUCUGCGCCCAGCCUGGAGAAUUCGGUGCAGCCAGGGAAACGACCACUGUCUUUCCUGCUGCCCACCGUGGUCCGGCCAGCGGAGGGGCUCUGUGGGACCUACCUCGCCCUGGGGGCCAAUGGAGCUGCCCGGGGCCUCAGCGGACUGACCCAGGUUUUACUGAAUGUUCUGACCUUGAACCGGAACCUGAGUGACAGCCUGGCCCAUGGCCGUCUGCAUCCAGACCUGCAGUCCAACCUCCUGCAGGUGGACAGUGAGUUCACAGAGGAAGAGAUUGAGUUCCUGGAAGCCAGGGGUCACCAUGUGGAGAAAGUAGAUGUCUUAUCCUGGGUCCAUGGCAGCCGGAGAACCAACAACUUCAUCAUUGGUGUGAAGGACCCUCGGAGCCCAGACGCAGCUGGAGCCACCAUCCUGUAGAGCAGUGGGGUGGGGCGGGGGUCUCUGUUCCCCCGCUUUGCAUGUUCCUAGAGUCCCUCCUUCUCCCAGGUUUGGUCUCAGGGGGACCCCAGGGAUGCCCUAGAUCAUGGGCCAGAGGGGAUACUUAACAAACCCUAUCCCAGAGUAACUGGAAAAUUCUCUAACCAGAAGCCUGUGGUGGUGGUGAUGGUGGUGGUGGUGGUGGUGAGUGUCCGUGUCCACAACCGGGCAGACAGUUCCUUGAGGAAUCAGGCUGUCUGUCUGUCUCCUUUCCCUCAGCCAUGCUGGCCCUGAGCUUAGGGAUGUGCUUGCAAACCCUUCUCAAGGGUCCUCACAACCCCAACAUCUCCAGUCUGGCCUGACCUGGACCUUGUCUUCCAGCUCCCUUCUCCUGUCCCCAGCCUCAUUUCUUAAAUGACUAGGAUUUUUUUAAUGGACCAUCCUGGGGAGGGGGUGCUCCUCUCUUCCUCCCACCAAGUUGAAGUGGGGCCUUGCAUCUGGGGGGGGCAGGUUGUGGGUACGGGUGGGGGUGGGGACCAGCUCAGGGGCUUCCA